AUGUUGACACCGUAUAAAGACUAUUUAGAUUUGUUUUCGACUAUAACUACUCGCUCAAUUACAAGACCCUCGCGACCAGUAGCAUAUCCGAUAUGGAAGCAAGCUCUUUGGAAAUCCUUACAAACUCGUUUUGCCACCAUUCCUCACAACAUCUUAAAAAGACAAUUAGUUGACCUCGCAAAAAAAAUCUACCAAACAGCAUGGGAGCAAUUUUUGAAGAAAAAUCCAAGUGUAGAUCCAAGGAUCAAACCUUACAUUGGAAACAAAAUUUGACGUUAGCUUGUCCUUCUUGCACUGUUCUAGAGAUGUAAUUUGUUACAUUAAUGAAUUCGUAC